UUGUUUUGUUUACGGAUGCCGGGAAGCUAACUUAGCUUAGCCACACACUAACCUCCACAGUGUGUUUUUAAAACGCAGCAGCGGAUUCGUUGCGAUUAAAACAAAAUGAAACCUGCGGUGGACGAGAUGUUUCCCGAGGGAGCGGGUCCGUACGUGGAUCUGGACGAGGCAGGGGGCAGCAGCGGUCUGCUAAUGGACCUGGCAGCCAAUGAAAAGGCAGUUCACUCUGAUUUCUUUAAUGAUUUCGAGGAUCUUUUCGAUGACGAUGACCUUCAGUGACGACACUUCACCCGAACACCCGCGGGAUCCUGUAUAUAAAGAAAAAACAUUUGUGUAGAUUUCUAAAUAGGAGCUUUGUCUUAUUUGUACAGCCCCCCCACCUCCUCCUCCUCCUCCUCCUCCUCCUCCUCCUCCUCCUCCUACAUGCCAGGCACCUCCUUACAGAAAAUAAAGUCUUUUUGGUUUUACAAAAAAAAAAAGAAGAAAGGAAAGAGGACGAGCUGUCGUGGUGAACCAGGUGUCUACGCUGAAUUCUAAGAAUCCCACACAUUCCGGCUCCAGAGAAAAUUAUGAGUAUGGUUUUGUGCGCCGUCGUGUUCGAAUCUGCUCGGGAGCUGGAUUGUAGGUUUGCUGGCUCCGCCGAACACCUGUUUGCAAACGUAAUUACACACGAGUUACAGUGUUAACAUGACCAAUGAAUGUGGAGCACGACGGGACAGGACGGGGGGGGGCGGCGGACGAUGUGGAAACGCCCUCAAAAGGAGAGAGAAACUGAAGGAGCACUAGUGAAGUCAAAUAUCAUUAAUAAGGGAAAUGGAAACGCUCCGAUUUGACUUAGUUUAAAAAGUGGGAGACACAAUGUGGAAAUGAAACACACAACUGAUUCCACACACACUCGACCAAGCUGCUGUAAUCAGCUCCUGCAGGAUCAGCUGGAGGAGCUGGACCAGGUCCGAGCUCUGUGCAGGUCACACACUCACACUGUGGAAACACAUUUCUUUAUGCAGCCGACUUCGUGUUAAAACAUUAAGAGAGAUCUACUCCAAAGAAGGUGUGGGGGGGGAGGCCCUGGAUACUGGUACCUCUUCAUGUGGGAAAUGGUUGGUAGCUUGUUAGCUUUCGACUAAUCAGGUUUUAAAAAAAGUAAGUCUGUAAGUCUCUGGUGUAUUUUUCUUUAACUGGCAAAUAAUUAUAUUUUAAAUUAAUGACAAAUAAACAAAUAUAUGAAAUGAA